UCUAUACACAACACACUACUUCGAGCCAAGUUGAAGGCCAAGAGCGAUAUCCGUUUGGCCUGGGAUCGUGUCUGGAUCUCAGCUUUUCGCGAGGCUCGGCGUCUCAUUUCCGAAGGUCUGGCUCUCAAUCCCAACUCAUUGAUCCUCUAUCUUAGGCUUGCUCAACUGGAGUUCUGUGCUGCCAAUUUUUUCAUUCAGCGUAUAUUGUGGCGAAGGGAUUGCGUAAAACAACAUGUGCCCGCUGUCAAUGAUGUCAAUGAUGCUUCAUCCAACCGUCCUACCUCAUCGACUGGCUCCUCUCUAGAGAAGAAGCACCCUGAGCUCCAUACAGCUGAGGAUAUUUUAGAUCUUAUUGUACGCAAGCACCCCUCGUGCGCAGGCGCAAAGCGAAAAUACGAAGGCGAUCCCACCGAACCUAGAUCAAAACGUAAACAAAAGAGGCACUCUGUCCCCAUCCAGUCCAUAUCUGGCGUUCUCUCUUCUGAACCGGAUUUGAAUCCUGAUCCGGAGAAACAAGUCAACGUAAAGAAAAUGAUAAAGUCUGCUGGAUCUAUUGUCCGUUCACAGUUGGACACUUCCGAUGCCUAUACUUUGGUGGGUAUUUUACGUAUUUGGCUUCUCUCAUAG